AUGGAAGCGUCAGACAUUACGCGCAGGACUCGUAUGAUACAACAGCAGCUGGGCUUGCAGCCAAUGGAAGGCGCUUCGCAUAUAUUGGGGCCGGUUGUAGCUCGAGACACCCACAGCUUGAAGCAGUAUCUAUUCGGACUAGACGGUCAACCAGAUGAUGAUUUGAGCUGUCCUAGCCAGCAGGGCAACCACAAAUCCCAGCCGAUUUACCACGUCCCAAUUCCUCCACCACGGCCUCGACCUGCCAAGGGUCCGCGAAAUUUGCCCAAGGAGCUUUUAAGUCAGGCGAAACCUUAUCUUCGCAAGUUGAUGUUUGCCUUUUACGACCGGUUACACCCUUGCUAUCCAAUUACAGAUGAAGAAUUUGUCGUCUCAAGAAUGAGAGAAAACUACUUGCCGGAGGGGUUUCUGGUAGGGCUACUCACCUAUUCCACAUUCUACUGGGAUACCUUGCUGGGAUUGCAGACAGAGACGAAGCCUGACCAUUUCGCCGCCUGUCAAGCGGCUUUUUCUGUGAAUACGGAAGAUAUCCAGAAGACUGACCUGUGGACGAUUCUAUCUCUAUGCUACAAUCUUGCUGGGCGACCAUCAAAGUGUUUAAUAGGUAACAUUUCAAAUGUGGCCCGCAUUGUUGGCCUUUCUCAAGCAAUCGGUCUCCAUCACGACUGCAGCCACUGGAACAUUAGCGAAAUAGGGAAACGAAUACGAUGGAAGGCAUGGUGGGCCGUUCUCAUCCAGGAUCGAUGGUUUCACCUUGCUCAUGGCACUCCCCCUCAUGUUGCUCAGGAACACUACAAUGUCCCUGUGCCAACCAUGGAUCUACUUCUGCACAAUAAGGCCCCCUCGACAGAGCAAACGCGAGCAGCGGAGGUGUAUAUCACAUUGUGCCGUUUAACUGAGGUUGUGGGCGACUUAUUGCCACUGAUCUAUCACGUCCGUUCGAGAGCGGACAAUAUUGCCGUCCAGCAGCGAGCUAAGGUCGAACUUCGCCUACAGCAAUGGGUUGAGGAGUGUCCGGACUGGCUCAACCUCCACGCCCUCCUGCAGAGGCCUACUACUCCCGGGUUCCCGAAUUUACAAUUGUCGUACUUCGCUGUCCGCAUGCUACUAUGCCAGAUCACUUGGCAUCAGUCUCGCGAUGGUGACGCCGGUAACUCUUUAUCGUUGCUGUUGAACUGUAAGGAAGCAGCGGGUGAAAUUGUCGAAUUCGUUCAAUCGCUUCAAAUCCACGAGCUUUCAGGUUUCUGGCUUCCAUAUAACGCUCACCACCUCACUGCUGCCACUACGUUGCUUCUGCGCUGUGGUGUUCAGGCAACAACACCAGAGAUCUCUACUGAGUGCCUGUCAAGUGCCCGCACGCUUGUGGAUUGCCUCCAAGGAUAUAAGACUCGCUACGCUUGGGAUUUGGCAGAAUCAAUCCUUGCGCAAAACGAGGACCUGCUCAGCCGAGUAGAUGGCAUUCUCGCACGUAGGAGUGUCGCCAGAACGCCCCGACCACCGUCUACCACCACUAAUGAGUACAUCGAACCUGUCGAUACGCUUAACGCCUUCAACGAUCCAAUGCUCGCGGAGAUAUUUCCUGAGCUGUUCGCCGAAUUCGCUGACACUGCGCUCUACUCUACUCUCGGGGACCCGGAUCUCAAUGCAGAAUUCGACCCAUCAAUACUUCAAGAGUAG